AUGGUUUACGUCGCCAUGUAUAACUUCAACCUCGGCGAGAGUUCAUUGCCAUUCCUGUCGAUCCUCGUCGCGCUUGGAAUCUUCCUCCCGCUCUACCUCCUACACUUCUACCUCACAGUUGAGAAGCCGUUCACGACCAAGGGGUUCGGAGCUCCCGAGCGGCGCCUUAUCCCCGCUCUCUACGGCACGUAUCUCAUCCCCGCCGGCCUCUUCAUCUUCGCGUUCACAUCGCGGGAAUCGAUCCAUUGGAUUGUGCCCACCAUCGGCGCUGGACUCAGUGUGGGAGGAACGUAUGUCGUCUUCCAGAGCAUAUUCUUGUACCUCCCAUUCACGUACCCGCAAUACUCCGCAUCCCUCUUCGCUGCCAACGAUUUCGCACGCAGUACCCUAGCCGCGGCAGCCAUCUUAUUCUCGAGGCCCAUGCUCUUGAAGCUUGGGGUUGACGGGGGAGUUGGGCUACUCGCGGGGUUGACGGUUAUUUGUAUUGCCGGGAUAUACAUCCUGUUCUGGUAUGGCGAUAAGUUGAGAGCGAGGAGUCGGUUUGCGGCCAAGUAA